AUGGCGAGCACCAGCAACCGCGCAUGCGUACUACUCAAGGAGAAGACCGUCGAAAUUCGCGACAUCCCCAUGCCCACUGUUGGCGCUCAGGACGUCUUGGUGAAAGUCGAGUCGACCGGUAUUUGUGGCAGCGAUCUGCACAACUACAACCAUGGAGGUGCAGCAGGCCCGAUUGCAGGGCCUUUAGUUUUGGGGCACGAGUCUGCCGGCGUUGUUGUCCAGGUGGGCGACGCAGUCACCGACGUCAGCGUCGGCGAUCGUGUCGCAAUUGAGCCGACCAUGUUCUGCAGAAGAUGCGCAAAUUGCAAGGUCGGUAAGACAAAUAUCUGCCGCUCCUUCAAGCAGGCCUCUUUGUCUCCCACGCAAGGAACGUUAUCGCAGUAUUAUGCGUGCGAGUCAGAUUACACGGUCAAGGUACCGGAAAGCAUAUCUUGGGAAGAAGCAGGAUGCAUCCAGCCUCUUGCGGUCGCCGUUCAGUUGGCCAAACGUGCACAAUUCAGCCCUGGCCAAACGGUCGCUAUUUUUGGUUGUGGUCCUCUAGGAUGUCUCGUGAUGGCCGUUGCUCGCGCAUACGGGGUCACCAAGAUCCUCGCGUUUGACAUCUCUCAGUCUCGAGUCGACUUCGCUCGCUCUUUCUGUGCAGAUUACGCCGCCCUUUCUCCCCCUGCGGCAGAAGGGGAGAGCUACUCCGCUUGGUCGGUUGGAUUCAAAGCCAAUGCGUUGAAGGAGGCAGGUGUGGACUCUUGGGGUGUGGAUGUCGCCGUAGAGGCAUCAGGGGCUGAGGCCUGCAUGCACGCCGCAAUGGAGUUCUUGCAUUCGGGUGGUACUUUCAUCCAAGCAGGACUCGGUAAGACCGUCAGCCUCUUCCCGACAUUCGCCAUCGUUCAGAAGGAGCUCAAUGUCAUCGGGAGCGUACGGUAUACACCCGGGUGUUUCAAGAUCGCCAUCGACCUCAUGGCGAGCAAGAAGAUUGAUGUCAAGCCUAUGAUCACAGCCGUAUUCCCGUUGACGAAGAGCGAGGAGGCGCUGGAGGCCGUACGCAGGGGUCAGGAUCUCAAGGUGGUUAUCAUGAAUCAGUCAUAA